AUGUUAGCUGGUGUUCCCGGAAUGGCGGAAGAGAUCCAGGAGGAAGAGACGCUUCUCAAAAGCCCCACUACUUCCCCGUUGACAUACGAAGUCAAAUUAUCUCCAGGCAAAGGACUCGGGGUAUUUGCGGUGCAACAUCUGCAUAGAGGCACUAAAAUUAUUAUCGAAGCGCCGCUGGUCUCUGUACCAGUACCUAAGAUGGUACCCGGCCAGGGCUUCAGAAUAUUAGACAUGAUUAGCAGUCUCGAAACCGCAUACGAAGUGCUAUCCCCAAAGCAGCAGGAAGAAUUCCUCGGUCUUCACGACUUUCGUUUCCCAUCCGAGCAGGACCAGAACCGCCUGCUCACCAUUUUCCGCAGCAAUGCCUACAACACUGGUGAUAGUAAAGUUGGCCUAUUUCCGAAAAUCGCAAGAAUUAAUCAUUCGUGCAGCCCGAACUCGGGAAAUUGGUGGAGUGAAAAAACCGAUCGUCGAGUUAUUUAUGCCGCUAGAGAUAUUGAGAAAGGAGAGGAGAUCACCGUGUCUUACAUCCCAUUGCUCAAAACGACCAAGGAUCGACAGGCUAGAUUAGAGCAAUAUGGUUUCAUCUGUGAUUGUGCAGCAUGCCAAUCAUCAGAAAGUGAUAAAAGACGAACCAAGAUUUGGGAUUUGCUUGAAACUCUAGAACUGAAGUUCCGCUCGCCGAGCAAAAAGACAUCGACGAACGACAAACGGGCCGCCAAAGCCAUUCAUCUAGUGGAGAUGGUCGAGGACGAAGGAUUGACGGAUUAUCUGGCUCGCGCUUUUCAUGUUGCUGCGGUGCUCAGCCAGCAAUCUGGUCAGCUGAAUGCCGCCUUAGAAUGGGCCAUUAAAGAGCUCGAGAUUCAUCAACUGGCAGAGAAGGCCUCGGAUGAGGCGCUGAAGACGGUGGCUUUGAUUGAGAGUCUUGGGGGCAGAAGACGCCCAUAG